UUCCAUUUGUAUAAAGUUGGAAAUUAAAAUAAAAAAGAUAAUGGAAGGCACAUUAAAAAACAAUAUCGAUAAAUUAAUUGAAGAACUGCGAUUUAUUAUAAAAUCUGAAAAAGAAAUUGAAGAUAUCAUCCACGUAUUAGAUUCUAUCGUUGAUGUUAGCAAAACAUCUUUUGGAGAAACUACAGAAUGCAUAAUAGAUGAUGUUUUUUUAACUUUAUUACAUCACGAAUCAAAAGAAAUUAUUGCAAAAACUGCCAAAGCAAUUGCUGAAAUUGCAAAAAGUGAAAAAGGAAGAGAAAAAUGCACUAGUACAGAUUUAAUAAAUGCAUUAUUAGAUCUGUUAAAUGAAGAAUGCAUUGAUAUAUUAAUACAGACUUCCAGGGCUUUAGGAAAUAUUUGUUAUGAGAAUGGUAGGGAGCUUGAAUUACAAGAAGAAAUAGUACCUAUUAUUUGUAAUAUUCUGGAAAUUGAUGGAACUUCUGGUGGAGAGGCUGCAAUGCAUUCUCUCUUAAUACUAGAAUUAUUGAACGAUGCUAAUAAAAUAUUUUUAAAUGAAAGACUUACAACAAUUUUAGUAAAUAUGUUAUCUACUGAUACAUCAUCAGAACUUUCUGAAAUAUGUUUAGAACUUCUUCAUGGACAAGCAGAAAAUGAAAGUACAAAAUUAUUACUUGCGAAAACUGGUGUUUGUGAAUUAUUAUUGAAUUUAUUAGAAAAACAUAGUCCAUAUUGUACAGAUGAAGAAACUAGAUCUGUGCUGAAAAUUGCUUGCAAUUUAAUUGUUCUUAUAUUAACUGGAGAUGAUAGCAUGAAUAGUUUAUAUGAUAAAAGUAAUGGCAUUACAUAUAAAAAAUUGGUUAAAUGGCUUGAGAACAAAGACAAAGACUUACAAAUUACAGCUGUAUUAGCAAUGGGUAAUUUCGCACGUUCAGAUACCCAUUGUAAACUUAUGGUUACUCAAGGUGUUCAUCGUAAUCUUUUAAAAUUGCUACAAAGAAAUAAUACAGAUGUUGAUGAUAUAAGAUUUCAACAUGCUUUACUUAGUGCUUUAAGGAAUCUUGUUAUUCCUAUGGAUAAUAAACCUAUAAUAUUAACAGAUGGAUUGAUAAACAUUUUAUAUUCUAUGCUAAACAUUUCAUCAUAUCCUGUUGUAUUUAAGUUAUUAGGCACUUUAAGGAUUGUUAUUGAUGGUCAAAGUAUGCUAACAAUUUUUCUUAAUAUUUUUUUAAAUAUAUGUACAAAAUGUUAAUAUAUUCAAUAUUUUUCGACUUAUUUUUUUAUAUUAUGUUUUUAUUUUUAUAGAAAUAAAGAUAUAACACAUCUAAUAAUAGAACAUGGAGCUGUAAAACAUCUAGUCAAAAUGUUAACAACACCACAUGUUUUAAUGUUAAAUGAAGCUUUAAUUAGUUUAAUGAUAUUGACUACAAUUUCCUUAAAUGAAUGUGAAAAUCUUCUUUUGGAAGCUGAUAUAGGAGAAAAACUUUGCAAUCUCUUUAAUAAUAAAAGCAAUUUGGAAAUACCAAUUUUACAUAAUGUGUUAUGUUUAGUUGAUAAUAUUAUUAAUUCAGAGGCUUUAAGAGAACAUGUAAGAAAAACUGAUUUAAUAAUAUUAUGUCAAGAAACAAAUUUAAUUAAGAAAGAAGAAAAACUUAAUAAAAAAUUGGAAAAAAUUUGUAAGAUAAUUAUAUAAUUAAAUAAUGGACGAAAACAAUUGAAGACAUACAAUCUUUUAUAUAAUAUAACUUAUAUAUUUAAGCAUAAUAUAAUUUAUAUAAUAUUUAUAACAUGUUUAUAUGAUAUAAACGUGUAAGAUAUUUUUAAAAAAAAAAUGAUUUUUUGUGUCAUGUAUUUUAUGUUUUCUGUUUAUUCAUUAAUUUUUUAUUUAUUUUGAUUAUAUAGUUACACUCAAAAAUUAUAAUAAGUUAUAAUAUUAUAAAAUUAUAAUAGAAACUAUAAUAACAACAUUAAUAGAAAUCUAAAUAACUUGAAUAUU